GGACGCGCUGUCCGGGACGGCCGAGCCCGGCGGCGGGCUGUCGUGGAAAGGCCGCAGCGUGAGCCCGCGCAAGGCGAGGCAACUCAAGCAGAAGCACCGGAGGAGCUACUUCUACCUCCUCUCCUCCGACCCCUAGCCCAAGUACCGGAUGGGGCAGUCCUGCCGCAAGAACAAGCGCAAGGAGCUCAGCAAUGGCAAGUAGACGGCGCCGGAAGAGCAGCGCGGCGACGUCGAGGAACUCGCCUGGAGUCAGAAGGGGCAGCAAGAUGGAUCGGAUUGCACCGACGACGGCCAGGCGGACAUGGACGGCGAGGAUACUGGUGGUCAGUAUGUGAUCAGGUACGAGAAGGACGGCGAGAUGGAGAGGGUGCUCGAGAGGCAGGCCGAGCUGAUCGGCCAGUAUGAGGCGGAGGAAGAAGCUCAGAGGCAGUGGGAGAAGCAGUUCAACGAGAAUCGGAGCUCAGCCAAGGUUCAUGUUGAGGCAGAGAAUAAGGCGUGCCAGAUAGAAAAUGGUUGGGAGCAGAGCAAGGAGCAUGCUAGGCUCGCGGAUCAAGCGGUACAUUGCAACGAAGAGGCAAAACCAGGCGUUAAAAAUCACCCCAGCGCCAGCAACAACCGCUCUGCUGGCCUUCUGUUGAAUGAUUCCCUUCCUGAAUCACACGCAUCAGGACAAGAAGCUGCUGCCGACCAACGUGACGCGCACGAGGAGCAUCACGACCACUGUCAUGCACAGUCUCAAGGAAGCUCUAAUGUCGCCGGCACAAUGACAGGGAAGAAUCAAGAACAAGGAAACGAGAAUCCGGAUGGAUGUUCAAGCUACUGUGACAUCAAAGCGCCAUCAGAUGGAAGCCCGUCAAUGAGUGAUGCCACCCUGAACAGCAAGGUCUCUGACUGGAGCUCAUCAAGCUUCCAUGACCAUGGCGACAACCAGGUCGAUGCAGGGCCAGAUCAACAGCCAACAAGCAACAUGGACAUAGAGAGUGUUCUUCAGGCACUUCAGCUUGCCAGGAUUUCCCUGAGUCAGAAGCUGAGCAAGCCAGUUCCACCCAGCCAGGUGACGCUGGCGCUUCCUGCACCAGGGGACGAUGAACAUUCAGAAGACGACGGCUACUCCCCCGUCGACGACGAGUUCACUUCUGCAAGAGAUGAGCUCUGCAGCUCAAGCCAAUCUCCUGAGCAGGAGAUACUGGCUCUCCCUGCACCAGAGGACUACCAUGACAGGGAGAAUUUGCCUGUCAAUGACGACGCUACCAUUUCACUGACAGAGGAACAGACCAGUUCAAGCCCACACCGGCAGGAGAUCCUGGCUCUCCCGGCUCCGGUAGAUGAUUACCACAGAGAGAUAGUGGAUGACAUCAAGAUACCUAUCUGCAUUGCCGGGUUGUUUCGGUUGCCAACAGACUCAUUUCCAAAGGACGAGACGCUCUCAACUUGCAGCAUUUGCUUGAUAUCCUUGCAUAAACCGGAGGAAGAUCGGAUUAUACACGUUCUCUUGGAUUCGAUACCUUUGGAAUACUCCGUAGGGGAAGUGCUACAUCGGUAUAUUCGUGCGCUUGUGGAUUUUAUCUGUGAUUGUAAGAAAUACCAACAGCGCCCUACUCGUCGUCGCUCCCGGUCGCUGCGAACCCAUCACCCAAUGCCACAGCUGCCCCCACCGCCGCCUACAUGCCCAGGUGCGGUACCCGUUGCCUGGUCAGGCUGGGGGAUGACGUUGGAGAACGACCCUUCAUCGGUGUUGUGGUGGCCGUGUCGGCAUCCUCCGCGACAUCCUUGUCAUUGCUCCUGGUCGCUGCGGACCUGUCACCCGGUGUCGCGGCCAACCCCACCGCCACCUCCAUGCCCAAGCAUCGCAUCAAGCCGCUAGCCUGCAAUUUAUGAACAAUUUAUCAUGUGCAUACCUUUUUGACAUGUGGCUUCGAUUGUUGGAAUGAUCAGAUGAACGAUGAGAUUGCUUUUGUGUAGAGCACUCUAUGUAAUUUAACUGUGGGAAUAUAUACGUGCAUUGAUAUGUGAAGAAAAUGCAUGAAGUUGAAUUGAUGA